GCAACAAUCACAUCAACCAAUUCUCAUAUUUGCACUUGCUUGUGUAUUCACUUACUUUAAAUUAUUUGAAUGUCGAUGCCAUUAUAUGUCGCAGGAAGAGAAAACUUGGCAGGAAGCUCUGGACGCCUGCAUAGAACAGAAGCUAUGCCUGGCUAGCAUGGCAAAGAAAAAUGCUUUUAAGGCUGUAGAAAAAAGUAAAAAUGAUAGUGACUUUUGGAUUGGUGUGCGACGGUAUAAGUUAAAUAACUUCAGAUACAUUGAUUCACGGAAUAUGGUUACCUAUUUACCAGAAAAAUCAGAAUUAUCAACUGAGCAUCGUUGCGGCUACAUAACCAAAGAUGGAAAGCAAUACGUUUUGAAAUCUGGAAGUUGUGAACAACGUAAACGUUUUCUCUGCGCCAAGGCAGUGCGCUGUGAUGGCAAAUUGACAAAUAGUUAUUAUGGCAUUGGCUAUGCCGGAGAAAUAACUUGUGCAAAACCAUGCCCACUAUUUUCCUAGGCCACGUAUGUUUCAUUUAUAACAAAUAAAUUAUAA